AUGAUGUGCCUGGAGAGCGGCGGCUCCGCGGCCGGCAGCCCGGGCUGCAGCGGGCGGCUCCGAGCGGGGGACGAGGAGGAGGAGGAGGAGGGCGAGCGGGGCUGCUGCGGCCGCAGCGCCGAGGGCGAGGUGCAGACCCUGUCGGGCAGCAUGAACCCCCCUCCCGCCGGCAAGAGCCCCGAGCGCCCGGCCCCCCGCCCCAAGCCCCCCAGCCUGGGCAGGGCCCGGGUAGCGGCCGCCGGCAUCCUCAGCGUGGGCAACGUGCUCAACUACCUGGACAGGUACACGGUGGCAGGCGUAUUACUAGACAUCCAGCAGCAUUUUGGAGUUAAAGACAGUGGCGCUGGCUUGCUACAGACAGUUUUCAUCUGUAGUUUCAUGGUGGCAGCACCUAUAUUUGGUUACCUUGGUGACCGCUUCAAUAGGAAGAUCAUUCUCAGCUGCGGGAUCUUCUUCUGGUCAGCUAUCACCUUUUCAAGCUCCUUCAUCACUGAGCAGUAUUUCUGGCUCCUCGUCCUCUCACGAGGUUUGGUUGGCAUCGGUGAAGCCAGUUAUUCCACCAUCGCUCCCACCAUCAUAGGAGACCUUUUCACCAAAAACACCAGAACCCUCAUGCUGUCUGUCUUCUACUUUGCAAUCCCUCUUGGCAGUGGUUUGGGGUACAUCACUGGAUCUAGUGUGAAGCAAGUAGCAGGAGACUGGCAUUGGGCGUUGCGGGUAUCUCCACUCCUAGGCAUGAUAACAGGGACACUCAUCUUGAUAUUUGUACCUGUUGCUAAAAGAGGCAAUGUGGAACAGCUGGGGGGACAGCUGAAGGCUCGGACCUCAUGGCUAAGAGACAUGAAGGCACUGCUCAGAAACCGCAGCUAUGUGUUCUCGUCGCUGGCCACCUCCGCCGUCUCCUUUGCCACAGGGGCGCUGGGUAUGUGGAUCCCUCUCUACCUUCACAGGGCACAAGUUGUGCAGAAGACUGUCGAGACCUGCAGUUCGGAGCCCUGCGGCACCAAGGACAGUUUGAUCUUCGGAGCAAUCACGUGCUUCACUGGUUUUCUGGGCGUGAUCACCGGGGCUGGGGCAACCAAAUGGUGCCGGUUAAAAACCCAGCGAGCUGACCCCCUGGUCUGUGCCGUCGGCAUGUUAGGGUCGGCCAUCUUCAUCUGUCUGAUCUUCGUUGCUGCCAAGAGCAGCAUUGUGGGAGCCUAUAUUUGCAUUUUUAUCGGAGAAACUCUUCUGUUUUCAAACUGGGCAAUCACAGCUGACAUACUAAUGUAUGUGGUUAUCCCGACACGACGCGCGACCGCAGUGGCCUUGCAGAGCUUCACUUCUCACCUACUGGGAGAUGCUGGCAGCCCCUACCUGAUUGGAUUCAUCUCAGAUCUGAUACAACAAAGCACAAAGGAGUCCCCGCUCUGGGAGUUCCUCAGCCUGGGCUAUGCGCUCAUGCUCUGCCCAUUCGUCGUCGUCCUCGGAGGGAUGUUUUUCCUGGCCACGGCCCUCUUCUUUCUAAAUGACCGCACCAAAGCUGAACAACAGGUGAAUCAACUGAUGAUGCCACCAGCCUCUGUGAAAGUCUGAGACGUUGACAUUAUGGAUGAUGAAGGAAAUGCUGUGUGGACUCCAGCUCCCACAACCACCACUCCAACCUCCUGCUAGGAAACUCCAGUACUGGACACAAGGAACAGUUCCAGCUCUGGGCUGCAUUUGGAGUCUUAUCGAGUGCUAAACUAAUCACUUCACUCUAACCAGCUGCUGGGUCAGGGUCAAAGACAGGAAUGGGGAUGGCCUAGAUACCAGCGCUCCUAAGCCGAAGGAUAGUGUAGGGUUUCCCCACAUUGCUGAGUGUCCGAAGAGCCCACCACCACACUACCCCUGUGUGUGACUGUACAUUGUGUAUACAGUUUUAGGUUUAGCCAGUGAAGAAGUCUAUGUUGCAUACAGGGCAACUUCCGUCCUAUUAAAUGCUGCCAGUUCCGUUAGCCAGAGACUAUGCUAGCUGGGGACCUUUUCUGUACAUCACAGCUUUACAAAUUGAAGGCUCAACCCAGAUUUCUUUAAUUAUUAUUUAAACAAGUCAGAGGAUGCUUUAUCUUCAUGAAAGACAUUAAAUACAACUCUAUCAAAUCUCUAUUUUAACUCUGAGCAUCUCGAAAGGCCCAUGCACCUGUACUGGAUGUGAAAGCUUCCACUGUGUUGCAGCAUCUAUCCCCAAGAGGGCUCCAGGGGAACAUUCAGAAAGUAUGGCACAGACCUUCAAGCAAUCCUGCUUAAGGGAGUACUGGAGGAGCUAGCCUGGACAUCCGUCUCUUAUUCCUGAGCAGCUGGGAGGAGAAAUCUCUCCCUGCACAAGAUGUUCUUUGGGAUUGUUACAGAAGAGCCAGGAAAACCACGGUCAGUGAUAUCUGGUGGCUUCCAGUUUUGUUUAACACACUUAGUUUCAGUUCCAGGUAGAAGGUUUGCAGAAUACCAAAAUCCAGAGAUUAAUUGCUUUAUGUGGAGUCUGGUACUGCUGCCCUGAUGUGCCAGUGAUGGUCUGUCUUUGUUUACAUGCAUAUAAUGUUCAUUAGGCAUGUUGCAAAUACUAAUAAUUUUUUCCAGUAUUUUCAGGCACAUUUAUGAUGUUAUAAAGCUUUGUUUCUACCCAACAAUGCACACCCCAUUUCCCCUCCCCACUGUCCUACUGUUCUGGUUUGCUCCCUCCAAUGGGAGCGCCUAUAUUACUUAAGUUCACUUUGAUCUUUACAGAAAUGCAACUGGGAUUUUCUUUUUAAUACACUAAUCUAAACUGAGUUAGUAAGAAGUGAGCCUCUCUUAGCUGAUUUUGUUUCAACAAGGGUCUUGUUUCAUGCAGUUGACAUUCGAGUAUAAAAUUUAUACUACACCAGCAUGGAACAUAUUACAGCUCUGAGAGCAACAAAGUGCUAACAGCACCAGAAAAAUAUCAGAUUGCCAAAUCACCUUCUUUUUCUGUUUGGGCUUAUACUUCUCUAAAUUUACCUACAUAGCACUGUAAAAUGUACGUAGGCCUCAGACCCUUUCAAACUCUGACCAGGGCUAGAUUGGAAACAAUACUAAAUUAGCAUAGGCAUUACCAACCCUGGGAUGGUUUUAAUAAUCUCAAAAACACUGAUUAGUUUAUGCUGUCAUUGGAGCCAUUGAUUAAUGUCUCCUCCUUUCAGGCAGCACUGCAGUGACUGAUUACUUAAUGCAGGUGUCAUAUAUGCAGAGUCCACCCCAAUUUAAAAUGCUUCCUGUCUUUUCACUUCUGUGCUCUGCAGUGAAAACACGAGAGAGGGCAGAUACUUCCAGUUAGCAGCCACAUUAACAAUAUUCCUUUUAAAAAACAGACUGACCAGAAAUAUCUGUUGUUAAUCCCCUUGGAAUUAACAAGACCAGCUGUUAACUGUAGUUGGGGCUAGGAGGUGGUUUAUCUGGGAUAACCUACCAAAGGAAUGAGAGCAAUACAAGCCCUUCACGCCGGCUAACAGUAAUGCUAGAGAAACUAGCAGUGCCUGGGUUACCUUAAAUAGAGAGGUUAGUGACCCCUACUUGUGUGCUAAAACAAAUCUCACACCAUGUUGUUUUAAUUUCUUCUAAACUGUGCCAAUAAGGUUUAAAGGGUGGUUAGGUUUUGCUAGAGAAUUCUAUAGGGCACUUCCAUAUUUGUUUCCUCCUUAUAGGAUGCAUCUGCAAAGGCUGCUUUUCACUAAAAUACUCUUAAAAAAACCAAAACCCACCCUUUAAAAGUAUUUCUUAUAGGCUGAGUAAACAAUUGGAGACAGAAGCCCCACUACUGGCCCAUCCUCAGGAGAGCAGCAAAUGCGCCACUAAAAUAAUAACCAAAGCAAGUUCAAAACAAUGCUUCAUUUCCCAUCUCGUACUGUUGUUAACAUUGCUUGGGGAAAAUGUCAACGCUGCAGUCUGGCAGCCAAAGGCCUGAGUUAGAAACAAGUGAAUUUUUUGUGCUUCUCCUUAAGAUGUUUGCUGUUAAGUUAUGUAAAACAAACCACAAUUAGUCACUUGAUCUCAGAGGCCAAGGGAAAAUUAGCUGAAUUUCCUAAAUUAUUAUUUCAAGUGCUUUGUCUUAAAGUUAGAGCACUUCUCAAGAGCAGGACUUCAGCAUUUACUGAGAUUUUAUUCCCAUCAAUUUGCAAUGGAAAGAGAGCCAAAAUACACCUUCAUCUCCUUGGUAGGAAGGGCCGACCUCACUUCCUAUGAAACAAGGCCCAGUUCAGCCACGAUGUAAGCAAAUGGAGAAUUAGUUCCAGUCUGCCCCCCCCAUCAACGAGCCUUCAGUGAUUGAUUGAAUUCUUCUCCAGUUGGAGGACGAGACCUGGCACCAAGGAGGUAGAGCAGCAAGCCAUGAGAACUAAGGGAGGGGAAGGAGCAGGGAAUUUGGAAUCCCCAUACUAAGCCUGUCACUGCCCCGUUACAGACCAUGAUCCAUGUUCAGCCACCUGAAGAGAUGAAGGUAUUUUUUGAGUGAGUUGUAGCUACAUAUUUCUAUUCCAGGAUGGAAUUUUUCAAGCGUUGUUCUAUUAGAGCUUCUAUUAAAUAUUUAUUCUCUUAGAAAGAAACCAGAUAAUUCGGAUAAAGGGGGUCAGGCAGUAACAAAGCUCUAAGUCAAGGGAAGCUUUCCAACCACCCUCAGAAGAGAGGUUUGAAAACACUAAAGAGGAGGUGGCUGGGUACAACCUACCUUCUGCUGUAACAUUCUGUGAGGCUGCAUAUUCCUGUCGACAGGAAGAGUGGGGGGUCCAAGCCCAGCUCUGCCACUUGGACUGCAGGCAAGUCACUACCUCUCUGCUUGUUUCUUCAGCUGUAGACUGGAGAGACUGAGGCACUGUAUCAAUGAAUAUGUUCUUCCCUACCCCUACCCCCAUUUCCAGUAUUCUGGUGUUACCCUGCAGUACUAGACUCAUCCUCUCCCACAUGCAGAGUUUACUAGGGCAGGGUCUCUAGUUGUUAGUUUUGACAAAGCCAUGAUGAGUUUUCCCCACAGAAAUGCCUCAGGAGAAGUCAUACAGAAACAGAGAAUGUGGUGAAUCACGUUUUGCACCACAAUCCAAAUUGUUUAAUGGGAUCUUGUCACUUAACAGCUCGAACUGUGGACUUAUUAUUUAACACACACACAGCAAAAGUUUAGCCUUGCC